AUGUCACCUGUAUUUAUUCCUUUUAUUUUUUCCUCAGCUUCUGCUCCAGAACAGCAGCCUCAGCCUCGCCCCUAUCAAGGUGUCCGUGUCAAAGAGCCAGUCAAGGAGCUGUUGAAAAGGAAACGGGGAACUGUUCAUCAUGCCAGUGCAACGGCAGCUACAACGGUUGUUUUGCCCCAUCAGCCAGUUCCUUCCUAUUCACCAAUGGGCCAGCCUUGUGUCGAUAUGGAGGUUGCUGCCUCUGCACUACCUGGCUCAGAGGAAGGAGCUCUCUGUUCUGGCUGGAUCUCCCAGCCCUCUCCCACAACAUUACAGCCUUUAACUCAGUGGACCACUUACCCUGAUUACAUGUCUCAUGAAGCAGUCAGCUGCCCCUACACAGCAGACAUGUAUGUUCAGCCCAUGGGGCCCAGCUACACCCUGGUUGGACCUUCAUCUGUGCUGACCUACACUUCUCAGCCACUCAUCACCAAUUUUGCACCCCGAAGCACCACCCCUGCUGUAGUGCCUCAGCUCGAGGUGACGGAGCAGCAGCCACCUCUUACCUACUUCCCAUGGGCACAGCCCCUCUCUGCCCUGCCAGCCUCCACUCUGCAGUACCAGCCAGCCUCCUCCACGCUUCCCGGGCCACAGUUUGUGCCCUUGCCCAUCUCCAUUCCUGAACCAGCCCCCCAGGAGCUGGAGGAUGCCAGACGAGUCAUUGGCACGCUGCCCAUCGAGAAGCUGCUUCUAGAAGAUGAAGACAAUGAUACGUAUGUUUUAAACCAUGCUCUCUCUGUUGAAGGGCUUUGA